AUGGACAUCGCAGGCUCGUCGUGUUCCAGCUCUCCACCGGACUUAAUUUCCCCGAGGGAACUAAAAAACUGCGAGGUCUGUGGGAAACAAGGUCAUGGAAAUCAUUUUGGAGCAAUUACUUGUCGAGCGUGCGCCGCAUUUUUUCGACGAUUUGGCCUUACGAGCAAUUUUCAUCACAAAAAAGAUGAAAAACGAUGUGGAAAUGCAAUAAAUGGAUCUUUUGAUUGUAAAAUGUGUAGACUUCAGAAAUGCAUUGAUAUCGGAAUGACCAGCCAUAGUGAGAUUUCAAAAAUUGCUUUUUCUGUAGGAGGAGUUUUUCCAGAUUUCCAAUUUCUCAGAGACUCAUUUCACAGGAAGAAUCACUUAAUGGUCACAAAAAUACCACCGGUAAAUCUGAUCAACCAUCUAAAACAAAUUGAAAACAAGUUUAAGAGCAUGAGCACGUUCACCGGGAGGCCGAAUCUGAUAAUCUAUUGUGCACCAAGUGAAAAAUCUCAAAAAACGAUUAUCGAUGUUCAAUUUUUGUUAGAAAAAGCUUCAAAUGUUUUGAUGAAUGGCGCUGAAACUCCAAUACUCGCAGCAAAUUCUCUGGAAAAACUUUCAUUUGGAUUUCAAUAUUUACGAAAAAAGCCAGAUAUAAGUAAAGCAAAAGUUAUAACGAAAGUUGGGCGGGACCAAACUUUUGAAUUAUGGCAGAGCGAUGUUCUGAAAGUUUCGAAGUGGCUUACUUAUUUUGAUGAGUUUCAGGAGCUUCCCCACCAACAGAAGAUGGACAUGCUCAAAGGAAUCUGGAUUAUAUGGAGUCGUCUAGAGAAGCUAGCUACUAUAGCUAUGACCAGACGAGAAAAAAUAUGUGAAGAAAAUCAAGUGUUCCUGGAUAUUGACGAUUGCCAAGUGGUUUUCGAAAUGGGAUCAUUAGAAAUUGAUUUAUCAUGGUGCUCAAAAUACACAUUUGAGCAAUUGAAGUUCUUCGGAAAGCCAAAAGUGGAGAUAAUCGAUGAAAUGAUCAGAACUAUGAUGAACCUUCAACCAUCAGAUGUGGAAUUGACAUACAUGUUAUGCCAACUAUGUCUUCAUCAUGUCGGAAGAAGAUAUCAGGGAGAGAUUCUAGAAGUAACAGACCGUCUUCAAGGAAUUCUAGCCGAUAAUCUACACGAAUACUAUUCGAAUCGCAUGGGAGUGCAAAACUAUUCACGGAGGAUUGCAAAUAUGAUGAAGAUCAAUAAUUGGGUUCGGCAAGGGAUCCAACAGAGACGUGCGAAAGUGGAAUUAAUAAACAUAUUUGAUGUGUUUUAUGUAGAGUAUUCGGAUCCGGAGAUGUUUGUGGAUUUUUAA